GCGACGGACAGCUCUCGCUGAUUUUUCGAGUGCUCGGCCGCCGUAUCUCGCCCGUUGGAGCCUAUUUAGGGGUUUGAUCGGCAUGCCGGCCACUCGGAUACCUUGCCCAGUUCAUGGACUAGACCUCGAACCUCAACAGGAUGGCAAUGGUCGGUCAGGCUGGGGGUUUUGGUGGACCACCACCUCCACCCAAUCCGCACCAACACAGUUGGAAAAGCAAACUCGUGUUGCCAGAGGAGGACGAGGAAGCGGACGACAAGGAGUUAGAAAGAAUUCUCGGAAAGCUGCCUUACCUCGACUCGAUGAGAGAAGAAGAGGAGCGGUGGCGAAACGCCCAUACCCGUACAACCCGCAGGCGAAGAAGGCCAAACCGGAGAGGCCAAUGGUUCAGGGAGUGGACGUUCUUGCACGUCUGCACGAGGUGAAGCAUUAUUUGCCAGCGGAGAGCCGGGCGCUAUCGUGGCGCGAGUUGAUAAGGGCGAUGAUCUGGCUUCUCAAUAACCGUCUGAUGGAAAUGCAGGAGGUCGUAGCUUCCAAGCAGGCGGACUAUCUCCAAGAGUACCUCGUGAUACGACAUCCUCACCUGGCUGGAGCAGUAAAACCCUAUGUGCCACCGGUCAAUUACGUACCGACUCCAAAGAAGGAGCUCUUGCCACCGGCGAGGUCGCAAGCUGAUCUGGACCGGCGUUACGCCCAGCUCGUCCAACAAACUGCUACACUGCAACAGCAGCUGAAUGACCUGCAGGCCCAUCGGGGGGCAGGGAGCAGCGGGGGCUACCAAACUGGACCAGUGCAGAACUCCCAGAGUGAUGAACAGUUGGUGGACGCGAUCCUGGACCUGGACUCUGAGGAGGACUCUGCAAUGGAUCCGGUAGAAGGAACCGGAGGGGAUUAUGAGCAGGAUGACGAAGAGCCAAUGGUGCUCGACGCAACCGCUAGGGUACAGAGGUUGCAGAUUGUGGAGCUGCCGGCCGCGCCGAGGGUCCAGCAGGUAUCCCUGCCCAAACCAAUCAGGAUGCCAGCUCUGGGAGCACCAGGGCCGUCCAGUGCGAGCGGGGCGGUGCCAAAAGGCGGCCACAGGUCGGGCGCUUACCCAAAGCUGAUGCCGCGGCCGAAGAAGACCACGAGUGGACGGGGCAGGAGCGGCUCUACUCUGAGUGUGCGCACACCGAGGGCGGUGCCCUCAACUAGACCAGCAGGGUCGGGUGAAAAACCCAAGGUGACGGCCACUCCAUCAAAGUCGGCGACAUCGGGUCAGCAGCCCAGAGCAGAGAACCAGCCCAAAGCGGAGGACAAAUCGGCCGAGCAACCUGCUCCGUCGAGUGAGAACCAGAAGAAGAAGGAAUAAUUCCUUAGUGCAAAAAGACCAAGUCCAACGAAUUAAUUAUUAUUUCUGGUUGUGGGAAUACCUUGUAUCCUUGCGGUUUCCAAACCAAUAUAUUUUGCUAGACAUGUGUUUUCUUUGUACAACAGGCCAAGGUCUGUGAUUGAAGAUAAUAAAAGCUCUCUCUGAUUUACUUUCAUGAUUGUUCUUGGUAAAUUAUUUGUUUUAUUACUUAAUUUAUUGUUACCCAAUUUGUACACUUUGG